UUUCAACACUACUAUAUAACAAAUAAUUUGAGAAAAUGCUAUGUAAAAGGUCACUAUCUCUGAUAAAAGCCAGCUGUAAAGCAACUUCAGCUCAAAUUCCCUUCAGAACCCUAUCAGUCAGUAGCAAUGAGGUUGCCACGAGUACGGAACCAAACGAGGUUUCAAGUAGCGAUUUAACAAGACCAAUGCCACUGUCACCUCACUUCAAACCUAUAACCAGGAAGGAAAUAUCGCUGGAAACUAUUUGGCCUCACAAGGACUCCAUCAGAAAAAUGUAUGCUGAAGCUAAUGAUCGGGACAAAAAAUACGUAACAAAAGAAAAAGGCGAUCUGAUUUCGAACCACAGCAAUGUUCAGGAAGUUAUCAAGCGGCCAGAGGUUCAAGCUUUUAUCGACAAUCUGGAGACGAAGUUUCUGGGCGAGGUAGCACAAAGAAAUGAGGAGGCUGAUGAAUUCAGGGCAGAAGUGGGUCAAGUCGGUGUUUAUCCGGAGUGCUUACUCGGCCUCGAUCCUUUCAACUACAUAAGAGAGGAAGAAAUGUUUGACGAGUUCAAUGACGCAGAGUUCCCUCUCGGAAUUGAUGAUCUGGUAUCAACAAGUGAACCUGUCAACAAAGUUCCUCUCAGAACUCCUGUAGAUUUCGCUUAUCUCGUUAAAAAUGAAGGAGUCCUUCAGGGGACUGGGGAGUUCUUCAAAGUCUUCUUUGGGCAGGGCAAAGCAUCGUUCCUGGCUAAGUAUGGAAGUUUGAAAAACAGAGGAUACGAUCACAAUUUAUCGGACCGAUCAUUUAGGGGCAAGAACCUUGCAGCUCAACUUCAAGAGAGAUACCUGAAACAUUUCGACCUGAUAGCAAAUGAACGGUGGGAAGUACUGCUUGACUAUAUGGCAGAUUUUAAAGCAAUCGAUAUGAUGAACAAGUGUAACCAAUCGGAACCGGAAGUUGUGAAGUCCUGGUUUACUGUUAACUUCAUCAAGAACAACAAGAAACCUAAGAUAUUGUCUCAUUUCGAAGUCCCUUAUGAAGACAAGAAAUUUGUUCAGGUGUUAGUUAAAUUUGAUAUGGAAGUUGAGUGUCUGAACUUUGACGAAGACAGAAACGCAUCAUUCGGUCAGCACAAUAUGGUUCAUUAUGUAAUCUUCGAACGAAACCUUAAAGAUUUCCUCUCGACAUACAGAAUUAUUGACAAGGUGUCAGAAAAAGAUCUGAAGCGCUUCAAACGCAACAAGUUGGAAGUGCAGCAGGAUGAUGACGAGGAAUAGAUUAUAAAACAUUUCUAGCCGAAAUUUUCACCAUGCAAGAUAUCCAAUAUCCAUGCAAGAACAUUAAAUAAAUUAAUGCAAGUUGGAACUUUUGGAUGUUUAUUUUGAGGGAUAUUGGAGCUUUAUAUUUCAAUGUUUUUGCAUUUUGUAUUAUUAAUUUAUUAAAAUUUUUGAGCGAAAGGUUUGAAAACUUCUACCUACUUUA